GUUUUGGCAAAGUAGAUUACAUCAACAUCCAGUUCCAUGAUGGAGUCUCCGCCUGUCGCAAGGCCCAUGCAGCGGUGCCUUCUUGGCGUUUUGGUCCUGGCCGUGUCAGCAUGGUUCAAGGGCUUCCAUGCCUUCAUCAACUAUCCGCCCCAGGCAGAUCGGGAAUCCAAGCAGAUGGCGCUCAUCUCCCAGAGAGUCGCCCCGACUGCCAACAAGCUUGUGAUCAAGCUUCCAAAGGCCCAGGGGUUUCAGUUCACCAGCGACAUUCCGAAGGAGAGAAUCAUCCAGCCGCUAGCGCUCCGCCUGCGGCAGCAGAAGAAGCGCUUUUGGGAACUUAGCAAAGCCGGGCAUAAUGUUAGCGAGGUCUUUGUUCGCUACGAAGGGAAGAUGCCUUGGAAGCUAGUUGGUGAGGUGGCACACAGCAGAGGAGAUUUCCGAGAAGCUAUCAGAUGCCAAUACAACUGGCUUAUCAAACGAUCUUACAAGCUUUACAGGAAGUUCCGAUUUUGGCUUCCUACCGAAUAUCCGGUCCAGUUCGGCUACACCGAUACCGAGGGCAACAUUGUGCCAGUGGACGAUGGACCACUGGAUCUUGGCACAGAGCCUCUAGAAAUGAAGGCCAUGUUGCAGAGAUGCGGCUUUUUCCCCAAAGAGAAGCCAAGAAAGUGGCGACAUAUCCAGCAAAACAUCAAGGAUAUGUCCGAGUCGAAGAAGGACUUCCACAGAAAGAAGGCUUGGUUUAUGAAGCGCCACUUCAACACCAGGAUAGAAGCCCACAAAUGGUACGAUCCCAGGAAGUAUCGUGGUCGCUAUAUGCACGUCCAGAAGUUCAAGAGGGGCAUUGUUGCUGGAACCGGCCCUUCCAGAUGACCCAAAGCUGCUUACAGUUGGAAAACACAUUGGGACAGCAUCAAGGCAGUGCCAUAGCAAUAGUUGGUAUGAGAUCAGGGCUUGCGCUGCCGAGAGAAGCAU